AUGAAGAAAGUGUUGAUAGCAAUUUUCAUUACUGUUCUUAUUACAGUUUGCAGUGAAACCCCAUGGAGGGACAUGCUAUCAGAAAAGGAUAAAAAAAGAUUUGACGAAUGGUUGAAAAAUGGAGCUAAAGGUCCGUUUGGUUUUAAACGAAGGGAUUGUGACCAAGAAAAAAGAAAGAAAGCGUUAAAAUUGUAUUAUAAAUAUAAAAAUUGUGAGAACAAAUUAAAGGAAAUGCAAAAGAACCAAUCGGAAAAUGAUGAAAAUUGUACAUGUUCUUACUCCACUCCGGAAACCGAUGAAGAGUCAGAAAUAGUACCAUUCGGAAUUUUCAAUUUUGGAGAACAAGACGGAUUGGAAGUUAUAUCGAUUGAAUUUGAAACUUAA